ACAACUUUCUUCUGCUCUUGUCGGGUGACAACUUUUUGUGUAAAUUUUUGUCCAAGUUAAAAUCGCGAAGUGUUUUGCUCGAAAAAUUUGUGAAAAAUCCAGUGAUUUCGACGGUUUAAGUUUGUGAAUCAUUGCGGAAAACGAAGGAUUAUUGUGAAAAGCAACAAUGGCAAUGCUAGAAGGCACCCUCUCCAAGUGGACGAACGUUAUGAAAGGAUGGCAGUAUCGUUGGUUCGUUUUGGAUGAAUAUGCUGGAUUGUUGUCCUACUACACGUCGAAAGAAAAAAUGAUGAAAGGUGUUCGCCGAGGAUGUGUGCGAUUAAAAGGAGCCGUAAUCGGAAUAGACGAUCAGGAUGUGAACACAUUCACCAUAACUGUAGAUCACAAAACGUUCCAUUUCCAGGCUAGAGACGCAGACGAACGCGAGAAAUGGGUUCGCCGGCUGGAGGACACCAUUCUUCGGCACGCCAACCGAAGUCGAGCCCUCUGGGAUCAACAGUACAGCGGUGGAAGCAGUAAUUAUUCCCACGGUACUCCAGGAUCCAGUACAAAACGCACCAACAAUUUGGCGUUGUUCGACAAGAAAGUAAGCGAAGCGGACGCUUAUUUGCAACUCAUGAUCGAACAAACAACGAAAAUUGAUAACAGGAUACAAUCGUUAGGUGAAUGUGAAGAAGCUCAAAAACUGAAAACAAUCUAUGAACACGCAGAUGCAAUGCUUGAGAACAUUAAGCAUUCGAUAGUGUUACUCCAGAUAACGAAGAACACAGCGAAUCCAAUCAACGGUAUCUAUCAGGGCCCGAUUGUUAGCAAAUCGGAAACGGAAACCGAAACCAGUGAUACCGACUUAUUGUCCGUCCCAACACCCGGCUUGGUGCAGACUGGCAUAGAAGUGGGCUCCGAAUGCAGAGAAAACCGGCGUCGCAGCAAUAUCACACAUUCCUCAAUUGCUGUUCCGGAAACUUCUUACUCCAGCUCGGAGGGAGAGGACGAUUUCUUCGACGCAAACGAUGAUCCAUUCACUUCUAGUCAGCUGAACACCCCGACAAGCAAUACCAGAACACUAUCCGAUCCAACUGCACGCUUGUCCACCGAGGAGCACUUUGCUACUGCCGAGGACAAUACAAGCAAUAGCGUAUCACUCAAAAAGCAAGACAGUCUCGACACAUCCACCGCUUCUGUCAUCCCGAAUGACCUGGGUCAUGGGGCGCACGUCGGUUCGCGGAAAUCCUACGACUCCAAAUCGCUGCCAAUACGAAACGAUGGAAGCUUGGACUACGAUGCCUUAUACGAAGACGAAUCGGACAACGAUCUGUCGAUGGAAUCGCACGGUUCCGUGGUCACACAUCUGCUGUCUCAGGUGAAGAUCGGCAUGGAUCUGACAAAGGUGGUACUGCCCACAUUUAUUCUAGAGCGGCGGUCUCUGCUGGAAAUGUACGCCGACUAUUUUGCUCAUCCGGAUCUAUUCCUACGGAUUGCCGACCUCGACGAUCCACGCGAACGCAUGAUUCAAGUCGUUCGAUGGUACCUUAGCGCUUACCAUGCUGGACGGAAGAGUACCGUGGCCAAGAAACCGUACAACCCAAUUCUCGGCGAAAUUUUCCAGUGCCACUGGGAUACACCAGAAAUGCCAACCGGUGACGACAGUUCCAACAUAGAAGUCAAGGACGGCCCAGUUCCAUGGUGCCGAAAGGAUCAAUUAACUUUUAUAGCCGAACAAGUCUCGCACCAUCCUCCAAUUUCAGCGUUUUAUGCUGAGCACUACAACAAGAAAAUCAGCUUUUCGGCCCACGUGUGGACGAAAUCGAAAUUCCUCGGGCUGUCGAUUGGGGUGCACAACAUAGGCCAAGGUACCGUGACGCUAUGUGAUCGAAAUGAGGAGUAUAUAGUUACCUUUCCAAACGGUUAUGGCAGGUCUAUUUUGACGGUGCCGUGGAUUGAGCUGGGCGGUACGGUAACCAUCACAUGUCCGCAGACAGGAUAUCAUGCCGAUAUCGAUUUCCUCACGAAGCCAUUCUACGGUGGCAAACGAAACAAAAUCCAGGGUGAGAUUUACAGCCCCAGUGAAAAGAAGUCUUUCCUUUCGAUAGUCGGUGAAUGGAGCGGCCUAAUGGAGUACAAAUUCAACGAUGGAAGCAAACCAUCUAAGUUUGAGACAUUUGUCGACGUGAAUAGUAUACCGAUCUUCAAGAAGAAGGUGCGCCCCGUAGCCGAGCAGACGGAAAACGAGUCUCGAAACGUGUGGAAGGAGGUCACUGCCGGCUUGAAGAUGAACGACAUCGACAAAGCAACGAACGCGAAGUUUCAAGUAGAACAAAAGCAGCGUGUUGAAGCACGUGAACGGAAGGAAAACAGUGGAGAAUGGGAAAAUAGGUAUUUCAAAUCAGUGGGCGAAUCGUGGAUUUACAAUAAUCCACUGCUGCAUAGACUUACACUGGAGAGACGUGAUAGUAAAAGAUAGCAAUCCAACGACGGAAGCUGUGCUAGUUCUAGCAGAAAUAGGCAAUAAAGGUAACAUUAGUAGCGCUACAACUGUUGUUAUAAAAACGUGACGGGUUAAGCGAAUCAGUAUAUUCCCAUUCCUAUCAUCGAUUUAAAAAAUGGUGAUGAGUGAAUAGUCCACUUUGACAAAAUAAGUGUUAAAUCAGGCUACACUGUUGUCUAGCCAUACUUGAAUUGAUUGCAACGGUUUACUAUCUUCUAUAAAACCCCAAACGAAACAUUUACUAAAGCUCACAUUAGCACCUUAGUUCAGUACUAGUGAAACGUAAUUUAAAACUUUUUAGCUAUACUCUGAUGACCACACGAAUAACUUAAAAUACAUCGUCUACAUUUUUGCAAACAACAAUCUUCGCAGUCAGUACGUUUUUGUUAUCUAGAGUUAGCUCGAUUUUCAGUUUAAGCUAACAACCUUCAAAUGUUACCGAGCUUUAAGUGCAUGUAACCUAACGAUUUAUUUCAUUUCCGCGAAAUACCCGUCGAUCUCUUUGGACAUCUAUUUGCAGUGAUUUGUCAAAGCAUUUAGCCUCAACUUCUAAGACCACAACUCUUCCACUAGUUCAGUAAUAUAAAUAACACUCACACAACAAACGGUUUGUCCAUAUUUUUAUUGACGCGGAGAAGGUGAUUUUUGUGAUAUGCACAAACUUAAAAAGGGAAACUCUGUUUUAUAUGCAAAAAUAUCGUUAAAUAGCUACUACAGUUUGAAUAUACAAGUAAAAGAAAAAAAAAACAACAAACAAAACGCUUAUAACUCACACAGUAGCUCCUUUUUACCUAGAACAAAGAAAAAACAAAAACACCUGAUCCCGAAUCAAUGAGAUCCGUUUCAGGAGCGAUACAACAAGCGAACAUGUUAACAUAAAGUUUUGCAUUAUCGAACAACUGGAAAAAUUACACUUCAAGAUGAACAAAAGGUAUUAUACCGUGGGUUAUUAUUAUCAGUAUCUACAUCGUAAGCCUAAAAAAGGUGAAGAAGUUGCUAUAUUCUCAAGAUAAAUGCACCUUAAACGUAGUAAAAAACGAGAGCAGAUUUACACUAGUAACAGGAAAAUAUAUGAUCAUAAACAGCAAGCAGUUCGAACAAGUUGCACCAAACAAAAAGAAAACCCUAUGAGAUAAAAAAAUAGAAUAAACAUCAACGACAACACAACUCCUGGUCGAGCAGUUGCAGACAUUAAAUACGAUUGGAAGGGAGUAUCGCGAUGACUUCAACACAUAUAUUUAACUAAAGUGAUUAUUUGCAAUUACAAAUUAGUGAACAUAUUACUGAUGAACGAAGCAACAAGAAAUCCUUAGUAACCUAUUUUAGGACAAUGUCCGAAACGAGAGGAAAACUAAAUGAAAUAUGAACAGAAUGCAAUAAAAAUUUCGAAUAUCUGAA